ACUAAAACAAACUUAAACCAGUUACUUUGUCUUGCAUCUUGGAGUGUUCUUGUUCUGUCUAAUGGGAGGCAACAGCAGUAAGCAAUUAUCUUUCUUCAGCUUCUAUAAAUCACGAAGGUCGUCUCAUAGAGUUCAAGCAGACGCCUGGGACGACGGCGUAUACACAAGGAAGGCAUGGGCCAGCGACGAGGACAAGCGAUAUUGGGUGGCUGAGCCAGGUAUUGACCGUAAAGCUUCUGCCUUCAUCGCCAGGUUCCAUGCCUCUCGUGUCUCUGAGUCCGAGCGCCAAACUCUCCCUCCUUGUCAAUCUCAUCAUAACUAGCCAUCAUCAUAAUCAUAACGAUCAUGAUGAAUUAAUUAAAAAAGAAGAAGCUAAUAGCUUAUUUA